GAGAGGGGCGGCGGCGGAGGUGGAGAGCAGCCGUUGCGGGGUCUGGGUUUGCGUGUGGCAGGCCGAGUCCGCUGGUGCCCAGGCCUGCCCGGCCUCCGGUCCCCGCCUGCGCGUCGCUGCUGCGAGCGGCCCAGCCAUGGCGGGGCUGCUGGGGAAGCUGUUCGACAUCGGGCCUGGCGGGAAGGGCGCCGGCAAGGGCCCGUCCCCGCAGGAGGCGAUCCAGCGGCUGCGCGACACCGAGGAGAUGCUCAGCAAGAAGCAGGAGUUCCUGGAGAAGAAGAUUGAGCACGAGCUGGCGGCAGCCCGCAAGCAUGGCACCAAGAACAAGCGCGCUGCCCUUCAAGCCCUAAAGCGCAAGAAAAGGUAUGAGAAGCAGCUUGCACAGAUAGAUGGUACGUUAUCGACAAUUGAAUUCCAGAGAGAAGCCCUUGAAAAUGCCAACACCAAUACUGAAGUACUCAAAAAUAUGGGCUUUGCUGCUAAAGCUAUGAAAGCUGCUCAUGAUAACAUGGAUAUUGAUAAAGUAGAUGAGUUAAUGCAGGACAUUGCAGAACAGCAGGAAUUGGCAGAUGAGAUUUCAACAGCUAUUUCAAAACCUGUAGGGUUUGGCGAAGACUUUGAUGAGGAUGAACUGAUGGCAGAAUUAGAGGAACUAGAACAGGAAGAAUUAGAUAAAAAUCUGCUGGAGAUCAGUGGUCCUGAGACAGUACCACUACCAAAUGUGCCCUCAAUAUCACUACCAUCAAAGCCAGCAGCCAAGAAGAAAGAAGAGGAAGAGGAAAAUGAUAUGAAAGAGCUAGAAGCUUGGGCUGGAAACAUAUAGUUAUAGCAGCAGCUGGCUGGGAAAAAAAAGACUUUGGCCACCUGUCAUAGUUGCACAUGUGUUGGGAGAAAGCGUUAAGUGAAGUGUCUUUAUCUCUUUCAUUUUAACCCAAAGCAGUGGGGGCUGCAUUGCUGUAUUCUGCAAAGCAUGGUCUGCACAUAGGAAAAAAGGGGCAUGAGUGAAGCUGCCUGCAGUUUAUAAUGUUGAAUAUCUGUAAAAUAAAAUGUAUUUGCAAAAUCCAACAUUCAGCUUUCAGGCUAUGCUAAUGCCACUGCUAAAUUUUCAUCCUCUUGAGUUUUGGCCACAUUUAAUCUCAAGAUCUGAACUGCAAUCUGUCAUUUUAAAUUGGUUAAAAAUGUGUCUAGAAGUCUUGUAAGACAUUAAAAAAAGGAAAAGUCAUAAGCCACUGUUGGCUUCUCAUUAUGUUUAGGUGUAAGAAUGCAUUAGAUUUUUAGUUCUUUGCGAAUUAUAUUUAUAUUAAUUGACUCUUGUGUGUUUACUUUCUAUUUAUCAUUACAGUGAUCUGUCACUUCCCAUUUUAAUUAGUGAAACUGAUCUGAAAUUGACAAAUAGUAUCUUGGAAGUAGGUGGGAUUUGCACUUAAAUUUCAGUUGUACAUUUUUUUCUACAUAGCACUAUAGUGUUUAUUGCUCUUCGUGAUAAUUGAUAACCCAUUCAGAUACAUGCACACACUUACUUUAAUUAUUAGAUACAACUAUGGUUUACACUGCAUUAAAUAUCUUAAUUUUCA